CUUUUACUUGCCUUUGCUAUUCUCAGUAUUUAUUCUUCCCCACCAACAUCCUCACAGCACAAACAUCCUCCUCCUCCUCCCAUGGAUCCCUCCGGUGAUGAUGACCGGCUGAGCAGCCUCCCGGAUCCCCUUCUCACCUUUAUCCUCUCCCUUAUGCCAACCAAACAAUCUAUAACAACCUCUAUUCUCUCUAAGCGGUGGCGAUAUCUCUAUCGCUUCGUCACCCACCUCCACCUUCUCGAUGAAAACCUCCUCCCCACUUCUGAUGAUGACAACCGAUCAACAAUCCAAAUAUGGGAAUCAAUGCUCAACUCGGUCCAGCUUUCUGUCCAUGGUCCAAUCCACGUUUGUAGGAUUUCAUUCAGUCCUUCGAAGAAUCAUUACAUUCUUCGUAUGAAUGAUUUUCUUAUGUCACUGAUCGAGAGAGGUAUCAGAGAGUUAUCAGUAAUGAACAGAGGCGGGGGCGGGUGCUUCUAUGAGCUCCCUUCGCUGGUAUUUUUCUGCUCGACGUUGGAGAAGCUGGAGCUUGGCAAGUGCAUGUUAUCGAUACUUCCACCAUCACCAUCCAACUUUAGCAAUAUCAGGAGUCUGAUUCUCUCUGGGGUUUAUUUCACCAACGAUCAGUUCCAGCAGAUGGUUUCUUGCUGCAGGCUUUUGGAGACCCUAAAGGUUGAUUGCUGUGUGAAGGUGAGGAAUUUCAGGAUUGCUGCACGCAAACUAUGGUCGUUAGAGAUCAUUACAUUGAACAGAAUACAAAUUUCAUUGAGAGAUACUGAACAGCUGAGAGAGGCUACCUUCAGUUUUUUAUCUGCGUAUAACGAUACCUGCAUACGAUACUACGAUGAUUCGAGCAGAGAAGAGGAUGAAGAUCAAGCAGACAGGCUCGUUCAGCUCUUCAUGGAUCUCUCCUGUUGUUAUCAUCUGGAGAGGCUUUCUUUGCAUUUCUGCACAGACUUUGCUGAGUGUCUACAGUGGCAGAGAGCAGAAUUUCCACUAAGUUUGCCACCACAAUACCACCUGAAAUCAGUAAAGAAGCUGGAUAUGGAAAUAAGCUUGAGCAAUCAUCAACUGGCCACUGUUUUAUCUUGCCUACUCAACAGUUGUCCAAACUUACGUGAACUCAGAAUAAAAGAUAAGGAGCAUUUGCAUACCAUAGGAAGUUACUGGGAAGGCCAGAAUCCUUCUUGGUGUUUGAUAAAUAACCUCAGGACCAUCCAAAUAUGCAAAGUUAACCUGCGUCAAAGCUACUGGAUGGGAUUCAUCAAGUUUCUACUGAUGAAUGCAUGUGUUUGUGAGAGGAUCACUAUUCAAUACUACGGUGAUCCGUGUAGCAAGAAAUUGGUGGAGCAGAAGUUGAAAAUGAUCCAGUGGGGUAGUCCACAAGCAAUAUUGGAACUGAAACCCCUCUGCUGAAAAUGAAUACUAGCGCCCAAAUCAAUAGGGAGCUAUCCGCAUCAAAUAUCUUUUAGCAACAAAUCACUUGAUGCUUCUAUUUGACACGAAAUUGCUCUAUUUUUUGACAUCCUAUGAGAUGUCUGUAAUAAUGUUUAAAUAUUUUGUUGGUUGAAGGGAACCGACAGAAGCCUUAUUUGCUUCUGUUGUACUACAGGCCUUGCUUCAGGAAAGGAAUAAAUAUGGUUAUAACUUUGUUUUCCUUCCUCUUACUAUGAGUUAGAUCCCACGCUUUAACCUGGGGAUUGCCUUAAAAACCAAGUAGAGAUUUUGUUUGGAAGUUUCAAGAUAUCUAUAUCAGGACU